CUGCAGAUCAUCUUCUAUGAGGAUAAGAACUACCAGGGUCGCAGGUAUGAGUGCGACAGCGACUGCAGCGACUUCCACUCCUACCUGAGUCGCUGUAACUCGGCCCGAGUGGAGAGCGGGACCUGGGUGAUCUACGAGAGACCCAACUACAUGGGCUACCAGUACGUGGUGGCCAGAGGAGAAUACCCCGACUACCAGAGCUGGAUCGGCCUCAACGACAGAGUCUGCUCCUGCAAGAUGAUUCAUAUUGCCAGUGGAGAUCCUUACAAGAUCCAGCUUUAUGUGAAAGGGGACUUUGCAGGUCGGGUGUAUGAAGCGACUGAGGACUGCCCCUCCGUGCUGGAGAACUUCCACUGGAGGGAGGUCCACUCCUGCAGGGUCCUGGGAGGCUGGUGGGUCUUCUACGAGCACCCUAACUACAAGGGCCGCCAGUACCUGCUGGAGAAAGGAGAGUACCGCAAACCGGUGGACUGGGGCGCUGUCUGCCCCACGGUACAGUCCUUCAGGAGGCUGACUGAGUAG